AUAGCUUCGGUGGGAUGCUGUGAUACUGUUUCUUUAAUAAAGACCCUGGUGGAGGUGGAGAGGAAGGGGUGCUGGAGGCCGUGUGCACGGUUUGCGCGUAAUCGCUGAUGCUGUGUGUGGAUACUGAAAUCGAAUUAGCUAGGGAAACCAGCGAAACAGGGGGGAAAUAAAUUAACGUGUACGAGCGAUUCAACCCUAAUCAGGUGUAAAGAUGUGAGUGUGGUCAGAAGCAGUUCCCAUGCUCCCACCCACCCCAUCACCACACUAUAAUGUACUUGAUGAAUGUGCCUCCAGUUGCGGCUAUUCACUCAGAAUGGAGGUCCUCGUGCGGUGGUCCGCCCAGAGGCUUUAGCGGUCUACCCCUGUGCUUCAAUGACUCUGACAGCGACUUGUCCACCACUGGAACACCCAUCCCAGAGAAAGUCCAGAUGAUCAUAGAGAGCUUAAGGAGCACCCAGUCCUCACUUGACAUGGGCGACGAGAUGGAGUUGAACCAGGUACUAUCAGGACAACCGGGGCAGGAGGCUGGAGCCCGGAGUUCCCAGGGCCAAGGUUUCAAGGCCCGAAGGGGACCUCCUUUGGUGACAGGUCCUAGUUCCAAAUUCAGAGGACCUCCUCCUCCCACUCACUCUGAUAUCUUGCUGGCACUGCCAGAAGUUUCCUCUAAUGUUGAUUCAGAGAGCCCAAGUGCUGACAGUGAUGACUCAAGCGAUGGCAUUGAAGAGGCAAUACAGGAGUACCUGAAGGAAAAGGACGACCACAAACGCAAGGCUGAGCCGGAGGCAGCUGGUAAUGUACUACAGCCGCCUAAGACGCCCCGGAGGGAGGCUCCUCUAGCCGUUCCAGAACCUCCUAAACAACAUUCUGACAGCAAUAAGGUUUUAACUGCCAGCAACCAGGUCCCAAGAAGUGUGAAAACAUAUACUCAAAACACUGUACCACCAACCAUGAAAAAACAUGUAAAAAGCAAGACACCCACUUGCAAAGAGAAUCCCUUCAAGAAAAUGGAUACAAGCAAAGCAGUGGUGGUAAAAAAAUUGGCCUCUUUUGAAAAGAAGAGAGGCCCCUCUAAUGUGUACCUGCUCUCUGACAAACUGAAGGGACCUGUACUGAACAGCAAGUCAGAGAAAUCAAUGAAGCUGGAGGAACACUUGUCUGACAGUGACAGUAGCAGCAGCAGUGAUGACGGCAUUGAGGAGGCCAUUCAGCGCUACCAGCAGGAGAAGAGGAAAGAUAGACAUGAAGGAGGAGGCAGACAGUCCACCAAACCCCUUCGCCACCUCAAAGAGGAAGCAGACUCUAGCAGCAGCAGCGAUGACGGAAUAGAAGAAGCUAUUCGCCGUUACCAGCUGGAAAAGCAGAAAGAGAAGAGUGUAACCAAGCUCUCUCUAUCUCUACCCAAGCAAAAGCAAGUGAGCAGGGGGGCAACUGCUCAACACUGUCCUGAGAACGCAAACAAUCAGGCAGGGGCAGUGAAAAAACACAAACUGUCUAAAAAGAAAAAGAAAAAACCAGAGACAUCCUCUCUACCCUCUCAGACUCCUGGUUCCUCGCUCUCCCUUAUCAAAAACAGAUUGCCAGCUAGCAGCCCCAAGGGGAACAGCCUCCUGUCCACCAAAGUGGAGCCCCUGCAACAGAAAGAGCAGGAGCUGGGUGCCACCCCAGGCCCAGCCACCCUGAAGGUCAACACUAUUACCACCACAGCUGAGCUGAUGUGUGCUGAGGCCAUACUGGACAUCUCCAAAGCUGUCAUUAAAAUGCCAGACACCUUCAACCCUAACGCAGCUGCUGGCCUUCUCAGUAUCAACAGCAGUACCACAGAGCCAACCACCACCACUUCUCUUCUCAUCUCUGGGAACUGCCCAGAUGAUGAGCGGAAAAGUGAGGAUGAAAGCUCCAUUGACAGCGAGGAUGGGAUUGAACAGGAAAUCCGGAAGUUUCUCGAGCAGAAGGCCCAAAUGCACAAACAGUCCCCUGGUACUGACUCAGCUGUUGGUACAAGUCCGGAUGGAACUAACAUAGUGACCGAACCAAAAAAACACCCCAAACUGAGUCCGGCCCAAAAGAAAACUAUCAGACUGUCUUUGACUCAGAAAAGAAAGCGCAAAGAGGAAGACAACGGCAGAAAGGUUUCCAACGAGGAAGGAGAAACUGAUCUCAAAAUGAAAGAGGCCGAUCCAAAGCCCUCCACCGAGCAUGACGGACUGUCGAGCUUGUCCGCCUCCUGCCUGAAAAACACCCCUCAAUUGGCCAGAGCCUCGGAGAGGAGGAGAGAACAGACCGGAGACAAGAGUAGCUCACUGGACAGCGACGAAGACCUGGACACAGCAAUAAAAGACCUGCUCAAGACCAAGAAGAAGUUGAAGAAGAAGACUAGAGACAAGAAACCGCCGUCAGCAUUAAGGAGCCUCAAAACAGAGCCUAAGCCCAUCAGCCUUUUGAAAACCAGCCUUAAAGUCACCCCUACUAGUCCCUCUACCGAGAGCAGAAACGAUAAAAAAAAGAAAGGGAGAAUUAGUAAGAAUGUGUCAAGUCACCCACAAAGCAACAAGAAGAAAGAAUCCCUAAACCAGGCAAAUGAGACAGACAGAGCUGAAGUAAACCGAGAUGUAGAAGGGCUGUCAACAGAGGGUAGCCCAGUUGUUGUUCAGAUAAAAGAAGACAGCAGUUCAGUGGACAGUGAUGACAGCAUUGAGCAGGAGAUCAGAAAGUUCCUUGCGGAGAAGGCUAAGGUUUCUACUUCCGCUGUAAAAACGGCUGACGGACAGGACGUUGGGAAUGGGAGUGGCAAGACUACAGUCCCUGUCAUGGAGAGAUGCAUCAAAUCGGAAAAUCAGCUGGCUGAAAUUUCAAGAAUGGAUGUUACUCAAUUCUCUGAGCCGCCUCGCCAGACUAGUCCUGAGCAGAGAAGAAUUCUAGGCAGGGGAGUCUUUCCGAACACAACCCCUGCAAAUCAAGGAAACCCCACCACCCCAGACACCGCCAGGGGGUCGUGUCUCGUUUUACCCCUCACCCCAAGCUCCUACCCUCCCGCUAUGGAGCCCACCAAUGGCACUGGGUCAGGGGCUGCCAGGGCAGAAAAGAGGAGGAGAUCCAGUUCGGGAUCAGGAAGCAGCGAUGCCCACCAGAGUGCCAGCUCAGAGAUGGCAAGGGGUCAUGACCACAAGUCAUUUCCAAGCCCCGGCACCUCUUUGCCUAGAACUGACUCAGAGCAGAGCAAGGGCCAAGCCAUCCCUACCACUCAGACAAAAGAGAAGAUCCAUAAGCGGAACCCAUUCCAGUACAGCUCCCCUAGUUUGGGAGAAAAGACAGCCAGGACCCCAGCAUAUCAGUGUGGUGUGCCCACCGGCCUCUUCGACCAUAGGAGGAGCGCUGAGACUGCAUCUAGAGCCGACACGCCUGUCUCCACCUGUCCACCUGUCAGGACAGGGCGUAGCCUCAGAACCCCACUGGUUCCUUUCCACCGCCCCUCAUCCUUCGAGACCACGUCCACGUCAGCCGCUGUUUUCAGCUCCCCUUUCCCCAGCUUGACCCGGAGACCUACGGCGACGGGGCCUUCAGGAAGGUACUUCCUCCAUGGCCACGCGUCCGGUUCGGGCCACCGCUGGGGUUCGUCCCCGACCCUGGCCCCGGGACUGGCGGAGAGCAGCGUGGUACACGUGGCCAAGGACCGGACGACGUACGUUGAGCUGUCCACGAACAAGACCAAUCACGUACAGGUCAGAAGCAGGGAGGAGAAAGGGAGCGAGGGAAAGGAGGACAGGAGGCGAGAUUUGGCCGCAGGAGAGAGGGGAAGGGAAAGUGAGAGGGAAAGGGGGAGCAGGAUGACAGAGGAAAGAGGAGGAGAGCAGAUAGGAAGACGGGAAGAGGAGUGUGUAGAUGAGACAGAUAUCAGCGAGUCAGAUGAGAGGACGAGCCCAGAGAAGAAGCAGGGCUUUCCCUCUUUGUCCCUGUCCAGCUCCAUUGACCCUGGUAUCACCCUCAGCCCAUACAUAGCACUGAACACAGAGGAGAGACGCAGGAGGUUCAGAUGGAUGUGUAAUACAGAUGCUGGGAAGCUGCCAAUGAACACCAGGACGGAGAAAACUGUUAAGAGAAAGCUUAAAUUUCUACCGUUUUCCAGCAGGAUAAAUGAAUCUACUGAAAGCAAAGCACAGCAGUUGUUUUAGAAGAUUUUUCAAGAUUUCUCAUUGAAAAGGAAUAAUUGUUCUACUGUUUGACUAUUUGUCUGUUAGUUAUGUUAAACUUGAAAUGCCAAAAUCUCUUUGUUGUUGUUUUUGAUUCAACAAUGUUUGUAUUAUUUGUAUAAUAUUUUGAUGAUGGAUUCUUAAUAUUCAAAUUCUGUUUCUAUUUCACUACCUUUUUUGUGUAACUUCUGUAUCAUAUUCAUAUUUCUGUGGUAUAAUUUCUUUACAAUUGAAAAAACAGUUAGGUUAUCCAGAGAUCCAGAACAAUUGGAGUGGAAUGUAAAUUCCUUAUGUAUUAGAAUGUCAUAGUUUUCGAAUAAACGUUUAACUUGC